AAUUGUUAUCAGAUUUACGAUCAAAAGGACUCUGGUUGUUAUUCAGUUUAUUGAGUAGUCUUCUACUCGUGCAAUAUGAGAAAGUAUAUUUUCCCGUUUAAUUAAUCUUGGAUAAUUGAGUUUUACGAAAGCGAAAUAAUUAUUGGCAUAACUGAAGUAAGAUAAAUGAUAUAAAAAAAUGUCAGUAUAUAAUUCAAUAUAUUUCUUUAAUAUAUUUAAAAUUAAUUCAGUUUCGUACGUGGACUUGUGUAUGAAAGAUAAUCACAGAAAUUUAACGGCCGACCGUCGGUAUAAUGGACAACUGCGGGAAAUAUGCAUUAAUUCAGACAUUAGUCAUUAGUAAGAAGUAUAUUUAAUAAUAUUGCAUUAAUAAUUCAUUAGAUUAGCAAUAAGAUUAAUCUUCAUCAAGAAGUAAAUCGGUUUAUUCGAAAGUUCACAGUUUCUUAAAAUAUUUUUUAAUGCCAACAAUCCUUUUUAAUCUAAUAAUUAAAUAAAAUAGUUUUUAUUUAUUAAUAAUUAAUAAUUAAUACUUAAAUAUAAUUAUAUUUAACAUGUUUUUCGUACAAGCGAAAGAAGCCAGGAGCAAAAAAACAACUCUGAGCUGUGGUCGUUUCUGCGAAAAAGGAGAAACGAUUCUCGCCUUCUCCUGAAUUAAUAUCAAUUUACAGAUAAGAAAUAAUUGCAAACCGCGUUCCAGAUCAGCGAUCCAUGACGGCGAUCAAAUGAUCCAUGAGACGUUUAGAGAGAAUAAUGUAAAGAAGUAGAAAGAAGAUGCUCCUUCUGCGUGACGCGCUAGACGGUGAAAGUGUUCGAAUUCGACUGCGAACGGGGAAUCUCUUUCCACUUUAAGUAACGGGUAACGGUGCACCUUGGCAUUGGGCGAACUUGAGAAGACAGUGUCGUCAGUCAGUUCACGGUCUACCACGGGAUCAUGCGUGCGAUCCUGGCCGCGAUCGUGCCUCUCGCGUUCCUAGCGGGCACCAAGCUGAGGGUACGCGCAGAAGAGAUUUGGCAGCAAGAUCUGUCCGAGGAUAUGCGGAUCGGCGCGUCCACCGAGGGCUACGAUUACGUAGGGCUGCGUUGCGGCGCCGAGAAGAUGACCGUCGAACUUCGAACGACCGAGGAUUUUUCAGGCGUUAUCUACACGCAGGGUAGUUUCCAUUCCCGGCAGCCGCCCUGCUUCCUUGACCCGGUUCGCGGUAGAAGCUUCACCAUGAACAUCCCCUUGGACCAAUGCGACACCGAAAAGGAUGGUGACAAGUACAGCAACGCUGUGGUAAUUCAACACGAUGACGAGCUACUGACACCGGGAGACGCCGCUUUUACAUUAGAAUGCGACUUCUCGAAGCCGCGAGAUCUCACCGUAACAGCGGAUCUUAAUGGCAGCAAGAGAAGGUCCACCAGGUCGAGUAUAGGUCUCGUCGAUGCCGAUCCGGGAAGGGACAGGAGGAAAAGGGCGGUGUACGCAGAAAGCUACAGCGAUGAAGUCGUUUUCCUGCCGCAGGAAGCAUAUCGAUAAGAGCAGCGCAGUCCGUCGCGUCGCAUGAAUAUUGCCAGCGAGUCUUGCCGUCGACAGAACGAGAUGCAUUCUCUACAGCUUUAUUACAGUAUCAUUGUUGUUCUAUCAUAUUCUCCGUUGUUUAAAUAAAUUAUGUAAUCCGU